GUGGGGGUCAGCUCAGGUCUUUUUGAUCCAAUGGAUACAUGAACAACAACGGACCCGUAGCAGCUAAUUCAACGAGUUCAGAAGGACUCAUUGAGAAGAGUCAACGGGUUGAUGAUGUUCACUAGCACACGCGGUUGGUGAUGUUCAAUUCCUAAUGCCAAUCAGCCAAUCAGCAACAUUGGAAUGUGCUGAAUAAAGAAGUCCAGAAUCAUGAGUGCUGAAAUCGGACCACGUCAACGAGAGUGCAAAAUAGCAUCAAAUAGCCUGGCCUGUGUGCCUCAUCAAUGAAGUCUGGCAGCCACCCGCCUGACCUUUUUCUUCAGCUGGCCGCCCGCGGCCGCGCCUGGGCGGACCCCGUCGCCGGGGUUUGUCCUCAGGUUUGGACCAAGUGGAGUGAGCUUCUGGUGACCUGAGCUAUUCAUCGGCUUUUUCGUCGGAUUUUUCUUCGGAAUGCAAGUGCGACGUUUUCUGAGUGAUGUCAGAAGCCCACAUGGUUGGCUGUGGUGUGGGUGUUUCCUGCUCAAGGUAUUUGGCUUUCCUGACCAUUGGAGUGGCUGCCACUGGCUUUGACAAGACGACAUUUCCGGUGAUCGGCUACGCCAUUGGAGGUUUCUUGUUCUCCAGUUCCGUGGUGUUCUUCCUGGCAGAGUUCCUUUCUCUGGGGCAGCUACCAACAUCAUGGAUCGAUUCCGCUGAUGCCUUUCUGAAUGGAGACCAUCCUGAGCAGAUUCUGGGAGAGGCGUUCAUUGUACUCAGAGUUGCUGGAUUCUUUCUGUGGCUGGCAACGGUGCUCUUCGGGCAGAGGUGCUCCGUGUGGUCGAGGGCGUUCUACACCGAGAAGCUGGGACAGCCUGCUGGACCGCUCAGGCAGCCAUUGCUUGAAGGAAAUGAAGCGUAGCUGCCGCCCCGUCAAGAGUCAAGACUGGAUUGCUUGGAGUUGUCCAAAAAGUGUGUGCGCCUUUGCAGUGGUACAGCAAUGGAACAAAUGUGAAUAGGCUGAUGGAUCAUGAAUCCUUAAGAAAGUGGAAAGCCAAAAGGAUCAUUUAAUGAAGCUCGCAACAAUGACGGAAAAUGACUUGGUCCACCGUACUCAGUGAGAUGCGGUGGACUCUGAGCGUUUGACCUCUUGCUG